AUGAGUGUGGACAACUUGUUGCCACUAUUUGUGACAAAGGUGAAGAAGAAUGUGAAUUUGGAGCAGACUCCCCGAAAUGUAACCCCUAGAAGUGUUGUUGGGACCUUUGUCCCAGAAACUGAAAUGGGGGUUGGUUUGGACGAGCAAGUUGGCACUAAUGUAGAUGAUGAGAGAGUGGGUAUCGAAUUUCAUCAUUCAGAUGAGUUCGAUGCUCCCUUUUACAACAAUGAUCCUGUGGUUGAUUUGGGUGUGGAUGAUGAUGUGGCUACGUAUGUACCUCCCCCGAGGAUGGAACUAACUCCAAGCAACCAAGUAGAGCGACAAAGAAGACCCCCGGAAGACAUAGAGGAAAAUAAUGUGUAUACAACAUCUCUUAGUGGUACGCCUUCAGGGGAGAUAUAUCUUGGCAAGUUGUACAAAAACAAGGAAGAAUUGAAGAAUGUAGUUGGUAGGUAUGCACUGAAAAAUAAUUUUGAGUGGAUGGUAAGUAAGUCUGGCACUGAUGUGUUUUACGUUACUUGUAAGGAUGAAAAUUGUAAAUGGAGAUUAAGGGGGAAGAAGAAGGCACUUUGUGACAUGUUUGAGGUUACUGUGUUUCACAACGAACACACAUGUAACUUGGAUUCUAGACAUUCUGAUCACCGGCAAGCAGCACCGUGGGUCAUUGGUCACAUUAUUAAGAACAAGUACACAUCUGAUGGAUCUAACUACAAAGCAAAAGACAUACAGAGGGAUAUGUUUGAUGAAUAUGGCAUCAAGAUGAGUUAUGAGAAAGCUUGGAGAUGUAGAGAGAAGGCAGUUAUGUACAAAAGGGGUACUCCAGCAGAAUCUUAUACGAAAUUAUAUGGUUACUUCUACAUGCCGGAACAGAAGAAUCCAGGCACUAUUACUGACAUUGUCAGCGAGGAUAACCGGUUCAAGUACUGUUUCUGGUCACUCGAUGCUUGUAGGAAGGGAUUUAAGUAUUGUCGUCCUGUGAUUAGUAUUGACGGAACAUUCUUGAAGACAAAGUAUGGAGGAACACUGUUAGUUGCUGUUGCGCACGAUGCAAACAACCAAUUGUUUCCGGUAGCCUUUGCAAUUGUUGACAGUGAGAAUCAUGACUCUUGGAAGUAUUUCUUGCGGAAGUUGAAGGAAGCCAUUGGUCCGGUUGAAAAUCUUAUGUUCAUAUCGGAUAGGCAUCAAAGCAUUGAACAUGCUGUUGAUGUUGUUUUCUCAGAAGCAUGCCACUGUGCAUGCUUCAAGCAUAUUACUAUGAAUGUCAAUCACAAGUUUAAGACUGAUGUAUGCAACAAGCAAAUAUGGCUUGCAGCUUACGCAUGGAACAAGACGGAAUGUGAUAGGCAUUUUGAGGUGCUGAAACAGAUGGACCCUGCCAUUGCUACAUACGUCGAGCAAAUAGGGUUUGAAAAGUGGGCUCGUCCUUAUUGUCCAGGCGAUCGGUACAACAUAAUGACAAGCAACGCUGCCGAAAGCUUCAACAAGGUGACAGAAGAAUUCAGAAAAUAUCCAGUAACUAUUUUGGUUGACUUCAUCAGGUUCACACUUCAAAAUUGGUUUGCUUCUCGUCUCGAAAAGGCUAGUAAGUGCGCUACUCCUUUGGCUACUACUUUUGAAAAUGAUUUAAAGGAUCAACACAAAGAUGGUAUGUUCAGGAGUGUCCUUCGUAAUGGUGCCCAAUUGUUCAACGUUGGUACGAGUCCUCAAGGUGAGAGAGGUGGUGAUGUGAACUUAGUGGAGAGAACAUGCACUUGCGGACUUUUCCAAAUGCUGAAAAUCCCUUGUCCACAUGCAUGUGCCGCAGCAGUUAGUCAGAAUGUGAGCGUGUACACACUUUGCUCUCCAUAUUACACUAAAGAAACGUGGAAGAAAACCUACGAUGCCACAAUUAAUAUUGUUGGCGAGGAGGAUGAGUGGGUACUACCGGAACAUAUCAAGAACAUAAGAAUCGGGGUACCAGUGGAGAAAAAACCAGUAGGUCGGCCUAGGAAGAGCAAUGCAGGUAGAAGACCGACGAAGCGUCGACCGUCUGUGGUCGUGGUAGUGGAACCUCGUCAUUGUUCGCUAUGUCACGGUUCAGGGCACAACAGAGCUACAUGCAAAGCUCGAGUUUGA